AGCACUAUUCUGAUGGACUGAUUGAAAUCUUUACUCAAUAUGGAGACCACUUGUACAGGUAAGAAAACUGUUCUCUCAACAGCACCUAUAAUGGGCAAUGAAAGUUAAUUCCUGCCGUUCAUCAGUCGUUUAUUCUGACCUUCAGUAAGGCAGCGACACCUUUCAAAGAUGGAAUAGUAUUUACUCAGUAGCACUUGUCGGUCCUGACGUUGCGUGAGAAAUUACAGCUGACUUUUCGCGAGGCCACGAUCGGAUUCUCCGCGAAGUGGUUGGUUGAAAAUUUGCUUCAACCAAUCAGAAGCACCACCCAGAUCUGGGUAGUGACACGUCAUCAGUGUGGAGUUUUUGCGCUCGUUCCUCAGACGUCGUCUCGCGGGAAACCCAAUUGAGUCGUCGCGGAAUGUCGGCUGUUUUCUCAAGCUAGUCCUAUCAGCAAUUUGUGAAAGGAAGAGUCGACUUGUACUUUCGUCAUUAUUUACUUCUGUCAGGUUUUGGCGCAUCCUCGGAGACCCAGGGGCAGUUAGUCGGGUCGAUAAAAUGUUCGUGGUGAAAGUUUUCUGUAAGAUCGAGACGAUGUACUCGUCUCGAUCUUACAGAAAACUUUCACCACGAACAUUUUAUCGACCCGACUAACUGCCCCUGGGUCUCCGAGGAUGGUUUUGGCGGCAACUGAGUGAGGUUUCACGUGUCCUGGGGGUGCUAUAAGGAAAGAUUACCCUUGCAACUUAAUUGACCUUCCAAUAACUAGGGUUUAAUACCAUCAACUGAACGUACACAACUAUAAACUUUGACUCUAACAAUGGCUACUGCACAGAUAAUCACCAGGAAGAUCAUGUUCCACCUGCGCAGAUAAAAAAAAUAUGUAAUUAUAUAGUUAUCUGUGCCGACUAUCGGCCAACUGUUGGUGGACAGAUGGUGAAUGCUCGUAGUGGGAACACUCGGUAAACUGUUAGCCGACAGUCGGUUUAGGGGAGUUGUUCUUCACAAUACCCAAAGUGUUUUUUUUCUCUUUAGGUAUAGAUCACAGAUAAUAUCAAGGUGUGCUCUCAACAAACACUUAAACAGCUAGUGGAUUAAUGUAAUUAGUAAUAUGUUUCAUAUGUUGCUAAAGUUCGAAUUUUUUUUUAGCAAAGGAGAUCACGAUGGAGCCAUAAAACAGUACAUCAAAACCAUUGGCCAUUUGGAACCAUCCUACGUCAUUCGGAAGGUAAGCAAACAGCAAUUAGCCAACUAUGAGAAACUCACCACUAAAUACUAAAUACUAGACUUGGGGUCUGUUUACAUGGACAUAGGAGACCCCAGGUAGGUGAGGUGACACGCUUAGGUGGGGUAACCCGCCUGUCCAUAUAAUCUCUCAUAUGGUCACCCCACCUAUCGUGUAAACGUGAUCAAAUUAAAAUGCGAGAUUAUAUAGACAGGCGGGUUACCCCAGCUACCUGGGGUCUCCCACCUCCAUGUAAACAGGCCCAAGGCUCUUACUAUGUUAAUCCUAGACAGUUCAUUUAGUUGAUCCCAGGGAAACCGGUCGUUUCGAUACAAAGUCGUCUCGAUACAAGUCGUUUCAACUCAGGCUGUGAAACUGCAAAAAAACGUUGAUCACUCUAAGUUUAGUUUGCGCGUGAACAAGGAAAAGAUUUUGGGUGAAUAUUCUUCGAUCUUUAAGCCUUGUACUUGAAACUAGUAGUUACACCUCGACUGAAUAAACUUGUAUCGAAACGACCGGUAACCGAGUAAACUUUUCCUUCAAAAUGUAUCUUUAAACUGUCUGCACUCAGAUCUUUCAUUUAGCAUCCAUUGCUUGUAUUAGAGCUACAUAGCUUUAGUAGAGCUCUUAACAACGACGGGAGGUAUAAACUUAUAAAGCUUAUAAACUACCGUUUAUAAGCCCUGGGCUUAUUCAUCUUCGUCAGGGGUUUUUAGAGGGCUUAUAGAGAUUCGCUUAAUACAGGUUUGAUUGUUAAACAGUAGAAAUUGUUUUAUAAAACAUUAUUAUUCCCUGUUUUAGUUCUUGGAUGCACAAAGAAUUCACAACCUCACCGCUUAUCUCCAGGUUUGUAAAUAAAAUUAACCAUCUGUCAGAGAAAAACAUUUUAAAUUAAUAAGCAGUCCAUUCAUAGUCUAGCCUGUUCACAGACCCUCUAUUCUCGCCUUGGAGAUCGUGGAGCGCGCGCGUAUGAAAAUAAAAACCGCGGUGGAUUAAUUGACAGCGAGCUUUCCGCGCUCGCUCCCGCGCGCUUGUCGAUUUUCGAAAAGAAAAAGAAAACAACGUCCGUGUACAGGCUACUCAUAGUCUCCUUUGCAGACAUUCUUAGGACUUCGUCACGCGUGGGGCAGGAACGAUCGCAAAGCCCUAAGAACGCGUGCGUGAGAGGCUAGUCCACUCAUUAAUAAUCGCUAUUAUCAGACGGCGCUGUUGAGUAAGCGCUUCUUCCAACUGCUGCGAUCUUAAGCAAGCGAAACGACUUAACUUGGCCCCGGCAUCUCUUCAGUAGCUCCCAGGACACGCUGAAUGUCAGUACAAAUACAACAUAUGCAGUCGUCUGGUCUCCUUGUUGUAGAACGUAUACGGCAUGUUCGUUUUCUAAUAUAUAGGGCAACAGAUGGUAGUUACAUAGAAAACUGAGGAAUUAUUACUGCACGUGGAUUGUCUUUGAAAAUUAUUUUACGGUUGAUCCCUUAGAGAAUUAGUAAUGCUAUUUUCUCAAUCGACCAAUCAUAGGUCGGUCCUACAAAAUGCCCAAAAAGUGAAAUGAAUGAAAAAGAACAUAAAGGACUUACAUCUCGUAGCUUUUGUUCCGUCUCUAAGGUCUAAACGCUGGCCGUCACUGAUCACGGUCUGACCAACAGAGUUUUUCCUCGUUUGUUAAUAUCAGGCUGAAGUAAGGAAGAAUAAUGGUGGCUGAAGAUAUCAUUAUAUCUUGCUUUUUGGUGUCCUGUUUUGUUUUGUUUUGUCAGGCACUGCACAAACAAGGACUGGCCAAUACAGAUCAUACUACCCUGCUUCUCAAUUGCUAUACGAAGCUCAAAGACGUCUCCAUGCUGGAUGAGUUCAUCAUGGUAUGCGCGUACAGAUUUAUAUCCUGCGAGCAAGCUCUCUUCUUAGGGGGUGGUAGAUGGUAUAAAGAGUGCCCUCUUCCCCCUCCCCACUCACCCUCACCCAUCCUUUUCCUCCACUCUCGAGUGACAUGUUCGCACACAGGCCAAAUAAUUCAACGAAAAAAAGAACAUUUUACUGUUAUCUGAUUAUCGUCUUGUGACCACUGGGCCUUCAUACUCACCGCGCGUUUCGUUUAUUGACGGUUUCGCCUCUUCAAGAGCUUUGUUCAUAUGGAAAACCUAGCCUGCGGUCAAAAAAGAAAUGGAACGCGCGUAAGUUACGGGUUGAAAAGUGACCGAUUAUAAACUCUUGUUGCCACUGCAAACAUCUGUCGUAACAUUUCGUCGCCUGUAGGGUGUUUAAAUUGCGUGCAUUGGUUUUAAACGGCAUCGUUUGUUACCGUUAUUAACAUUCGUCACCACUCUGUGUUCAAACAGUGAUGAAUCUGCUGUUUAUUGCAGACUGAUAAGGAAUUAAACUUCGAUGUGGAAACUGCAAUCAAGGUAUAGUUGCGUAUAGAAAAGUUUGUGAAGUAUUAUUUGGGAGCUUAAGCAAUAACGACGGUGACGGCUACGGAAACAUCACUUAAAGUGAAUUCGGGCUGCCUCAAACUUUCUCGGGCUUAUUCCAUCUCGUUCGAUUCGUCAAAUGCUGGCAAAUUUUUCUAGAGGUGAAUUCUACAGACUGUUUCAAAAGUUCAGGAAAAGAAAAGGAAAGUCGUUUUAUUGUGUUCACGUCCUCGGCAGAACGUGAAAUUAGGCACUUUCACGUUGUAGUCGUGCAGCGACGGCAAAGAAGUGGACAAAAAGGCGUGAUGAAGUUGUUGUUUUGCCAAUCUAAGGCUGUUGCUUUUUUGCCGUUCUUGUUCCCGUCGCCGACAUCGUUGCUUAAGCUCCGUAUUUAUGGUCAUGUAAUACUGUACCAGGUUCCGCUAGUGGCAGUGUUGUAGUUGUGAGGUUGGUCCGCAUUGACUUAAACAGUUCUUAAAGCAUUUUGCGCAAAGUUUACUACCAAAACGCAUUUUAAGCACAAGAAAAGUGAAACACACACACAAAUAGGGUGGGAAUGACGUACAAAAACUCCCCUCAUUCCUACUUAGAUAUGAAUGCUGUGAGUUUUUAGAGGUUUGUAGCCAUCCAUUGCGAUUGAACACUGGUAACUGUAAACUCGGCGAUGUUUUUCGAAUAGCUCAGAAAAGCUAGCUAAGGUCUCCAGCCUUUGUUUGAAUCUCGGUAGUACUUAUAGCCUGCGAACAGCAGACCGUCGACGACCGGAAAUGCGUCUGCUGUUCGCAAGCUAUAGCACUUACGAACUCUUGUAAAGUUGAUGGCAAAUAAUAAAUAAUAAUGAUUGUGGCAGGAUUAGCGUGAGGAAACCGUUCCUGAAACAAUUCAGGAAACCGUGGCAGGAUUAGCUCAGUUGGUAGGGCGUUUGACUGCAGAGCGGGAGGUCGCAGGUUCGAUUCCCGGGGCCGGACCAUUACUCAGGGUCCUAAAAUGAUUGAGAAAUGAACGUACUUCCUUUGCACUGCAAGCGGCUAGACCUUCGCGUGGCUCGGAUGACCACGUAAAAUGGCGGUCCCGUCUCCAGUAGGAGACGUGAAAAUAGUGUCCCCAAUUAGCACUUUCGUGCUAAAUACAUUGACACUCAAAAAGUGCAUUUUUUUUUGUCUUGAAUAAUUUUACCAUUACAGUCUGUUUUGAACGAAAUAUGAUGAUUGUAUCUCAUAACAAAGCAGCCAAGAUGUAUAAGCUUAUAACUUACUUAGAAUUCCUUUUAUUUCAGGUUUGCCGUCAGGCUGGAUAUUUCAAACAUGCCGUGUACUUGGCUGAAAAAUAUGAUCAACAUGAUUUGUAAGUGCUGCGUAGAAAAAUCGGACUCUUAAGUUCUUAACGCAAAACAUCAGCAAAAGUCAGCCAAAAGCAUCCGAAGAAUUACAGCGUGUCUUCAAUUUACCUCUGUUUUGUUCCAACACAGAUACACGUUUUAGGACCACAUUUUCGCGUGGCCACGAGGUACCAUAAAAAAGUGUCAUUUGUCUAGACGAAAGCGGGUCUUAUGAGAAACCGUGGGUACUGAGUAUUAUCAGAUUGUUGUUGCAAUUUUCUAGUUGACAUCAAGUAUCAAUGAUUUUUAAAGGCAUGUAUUGAAUCGAAGAAGUCCUCCAGUGUGAAUUUUGAAGUGAAAACUCCAUGGAAGUGCUGUUGCUUUGUGCUUUUGGUUUUUCACUGUUUUACAAAGCAAACUUUGGGGUUUCUUUAUACCUUGGCGUUGACCUCUCUUAAAAAUCAUAUGGUUAAUGUUUUAUUUGCAGAUACUUAAAGAUUCAACUGGAGGAUCUCAAAGAUUAUCAAAGAGCUUUGUCGUACAUUGGAAAACUAGAUUUUUACGAGGUACAUUUGCGUUCCGUACAAAAUAAGUUCUGGAGGUAGUACAUGAUACCACAGAUAAGGACAGACGUGUUUUGUUCCGCUUAAGAGCGGCCUUUAUUGAAGGCUAUGUUCACGCUAUACCGGAAAGUUUUUGCGCCGGCACGAAAACCAUACCGAGAAGGGCUUCUGUUCAAAUAUGGGAACAGUGAUUUCGGCGCGAUUUCUGUAACGGGGCGAAGCUGCGCCCCGAUCAUGAGUCACAUAUCGGAUACUAGUUGUUCAUACUAUACAGCAUAGCUUUUGCAUCGGUACGAAAACCAUACCGAGAAUGGCUUCUGUUCACACAUGAGAACGGUGAUUUCGGCGCGAUUUCUGAAACGGAUGGAAGCUACGCCACCCCGAUCUCUAAAGUGAAGAGUCCCAUAUCGGAUAGGUGUUCACAUUACACAGGAUAGCUUUCUGUGUCGGCACGAAAAUCUAUCCGGUUUAGUUUGGCCUAAGUGUUCAAACUUGUGCCAUUGUUUAUGGUGCAAGAAGAAAAGGAUUGUCCUCUACUGGCGUUGAAACCUGUUCCAAUGAACCCCAUGAAAUGGCCAUGAAUCGGCUCGGGAACCACACAGGAUGAGAAGGGACAUACAAGUUAAGUUUGGUUAGCCGAUCUUUAUUUUAAUCCUUUCACCCAUUUGCAGGUCACCGGCGGAAACAAUCUUUUUUUUUUUUUCACACAAAUGCUUGUUUCACUUUCCAGGCCGAAGACAAUAUGAAAAAGUAUGGUAAGAGCCUCGUGAAUGCUGUGCCAGAUGAAGCAACGAAGCUAUUAAAAGUCCUUUGUACAGAUUACAGACCCCAGCGCCUGCAGGAACGUAAGUGAAACUCAGAACAUUUUGUUUUAAGUGAAGUUUGCACAGCGACGUCGACCUUGAGCCAAGCACUGUGCUCUGGCACAUUCAGUGUUUGUUAUUAUCAUCAGUUUCAAUGCUGCUUUUCCCAUCUAUUUUCAUAGCCUAACUCUUCGUAAACUCGAGCCUGGGAAAACAGCCGACAUUUCGCGACGCAAUGACUGAUUUCGCCGGGAAAUGACGUCUGAGGAAUGAGUGCAGAAAUUCCAUACAGUCAAUCCUCUUUAAUACGGGCACCAAAUGGACAGACCCAAGUGUCCACUUUACAGAGGUGUCCGUAUUAUAGAGGUAGGGAAUGUAUGAUUUUUGGCAUUUCUGGGACCAAACGAACUGUCCGUAAUAGAGAGGUGUCCGUGUUAUAGAGGUGUCCGUAAGGAGAGGUUAGACUGUACUGAUGAUGUAUCACUAGUCAGAUCUGGGUAUUAUGCUUAUUAUGCUUCUGAUUGUUCGUGGCGCGAGGGAAAUUUGCUCCAACCAAUCAAAAGCACUACUCAGACCUGGCUAGUGACACGUCAUCAGUAUGGAAUUCUUGCAAUCGUUUCUUAGACGUCAUUUCGCAAACGUUAUUUCCACAUGAAACUCCCCUAACUUCAUUUGGACAAAUCAUUUUUUUAUUUUUACAUGGUGAACUUAACGCUGCUGCUCAUUUUUAGGUGCAGUUUCUGGUUCAGUUACCCCUGUUACUACUGGUGUAUUUCAAUCCAUGACAGCUGCGUUAGGUAGGCGUUCAUUUUCUAGCCCCCGAGACCUAUUUUGGGUGUUGAGUGACAAAAUCAGGCAUUGCCUUUUUUGUCCCACAACACCUGUUUUGAGUGCUGAGUGUCAGCAAUUACAUACAAAGUUAUGUUGUUGCGUGACUUGUAUCACCUGAGUUGUAUAAAAUGCUCCGUAACAGGGUUUGGCGUGAAGUGCUGAUAAUUCAGGGGAAAAACAUGUGAGAAAAAAGUAGCAAAACGCUGACUGGACCUUGAACAGAUAAGAACGACUUAUAGCAAAAAAUUCAAGUUUAGGGGUAAUUAAUGCGCAACUCCUCUCUCAAACAUGAUAAACACCGCCCUAGCUAUCAUUCUUUUUGUUGGAUUAUAACUUUUUUAAUAAUCAAUGAUUAUUAAUUAUAUGAAAGUGAUAACUGAUGAGAACGCAAGAUAUUACGUUUAUUUGCUUUUCAGAUCCAGUCCCGAGUGUAGAGAGGAAAAUCCGCAAGGCACGCGCCGAAGAGUUCAUCCAUAUUUUCGUACAUCAGAAGGCUAAGCUGAUUGAAUUUCUUGAGCACAUGGUGCAGGUAACGUUUCCUUCGCUUCUUCGUUCUUUUUAUUGUCCUGCUUUUUCUCGUACUGAAAUGUGCGAGAAAGAGAACGGCAGAAGAUCCCUCGAGGAGAAAAUAGAGAGAAUGUGUCAGGGGCGUGACUGACAAAGCUAAAUAAUAAUAUCCGCGACGGAGACGUUGUCACAGGCGCGGUUGUGCACGAUUUGAUGAGCCGCCAGUGCGCGCUGAAAAACGCAAGCGCACUUGUAGCCAUUGUGGAACAUUUAACGUUACAAUUAAAAAUCACGUAAUUGUUGAAUUCUGCUUGGUAGAGUAGUAGAAAAUUAACGUUGCAGGAAGGAACGUUUCAGAAAGGCAUACUCAACUCCAAGUGAACAUUAUCCUGGAUGCCAGAGGGUCUUUUUUGGGUCAAUUUAGGUUUGUGGGAAACUGCCCACCUACCCGUCCCCUAAGCCAACCUUAUCACUUACUUCUCACUUAGGGCAAAAUGUUUGCUUAGGGCAGGGUUAGGUGGGCAGUUUCCCAGAAACCUAAAUUGAUGCCUUAAUCCUUUCUAAAUAAUGGAUCGCACGGCGGAGCGCUAUAGCUUGGCGCGACGCACGAGGUCAGUCUGGGGAGCUUGGUUAUCCUGUGUCCGCGGUUUAUUUCAUCCUAGAUAUUUUGCGAACAUCUUGCGAACAAGCGAAAACAAAGAAAAGCAAAAAAACAAAAACAAAAAACUAUGAGACAUGCAGGCUUGUUCGAGAGGUGACUUCGUGUCAUCUUUAUGGUUAUAGAUCAGUGGCUAACUUCCUCAAUAUGCUUUAUAUCGUUAGGUGCAACCACACUCAUCAACCAACCUUGUGUACAAUACUCUUCUUGAACUGUACCUUAACGACGCAGCACGUCAGAAGGAUAUAGAGGUAACGUGACCUUUUGUCACACAAGUAUCAACUUAGUGUCACGUAAUAGAUGCCUAAGGUCCUUUGCAAAUUUUGUUCAGUUAAUGGCCACCAAAUCGUCUUAGAACUGUACUUGGUGCUUUUUGUUGCAGGCACAAGUUGAACAUGAACGCAAAGCCCUUGAUUUGCUGACAAAUUUGGAGGUGUGUUAAUAAAUAGUUAAGUACGUCAAAAAAAAGCCACGAACAAAGUGCUACUUAUUUACGUAGGCUCUGCACUGUAGGAAGCCAGAAAAUAUACUGAUUUAGAAAGAAGACGGCACAACAGAAUAACCCAACUGAACAGACAGCUGUUUCCUCCGAUUUGGACUCAUCGGUUGCAGAUAACUGGCAAAAACUGACUCAAGUACAAUGAUGAAGGCUAUUUAAACGUGGAGAACCCAUAACGUAUCACGACAUUUCCGGUAACUCAGAAAGUCAAAAGCAGUCUAAGUAGGAUGGCCGCUACUAAACUAGAUAGACAAGGACAAGGCUAAUAUGUUCGCGUUGGAUCAACCCUGCCCUCCCCCCCGCCCCGAGCUCCUUUUUUUUCUUUUUUUAAUAACAUCGAUUGUCCAGCGUAGGCGAUCCAACUUUUUGUUCCGUCCCCUCCAUUUAGGCACGCUACGAUAUCGACCACGCCCUUGUGUUGGCACAGAUGCACCACUUCAAAGCUGGAAUUUUAUAUCUGUAUGAAAAAGCCAAACUGUGAGUAGUGGAUAGGUGUCCUGUGGCACUUGUACGAUGUUAUCUGACUGUGCGUUCUUCAUAAGUAACGUUAAUUAUGUUUUGUGCAUGUGUUAAUGCUAACCCCCAAGAGCUUCUUUUUAAUGGUUGUACGUUUGUUUUGUUUUUUCUCAUAAAAAAAAAACUACAGUUACCAACAAAUACUUCAUUACCACAUGGAACAGAACGAGUACGGUCACGUGAUCGACACGUGUAAGAAGUAUGGGUAAGUGCAUAACUUAGAAAACGGUUGGCAAAUUUUUGCGGCUGGGUCAUGUAAUGAAUACCGGUAAAUCUGUGUUUUUUAAAUGCACUCGAUAUUAUAAAAUAUUAUACACUUAAUGUCACAUCCCGAGGGAAACAGUUAGUUUUGUUUUCCCGAGAGUCCUGAUGUUUCCCGAGACGAAUGUAUCACGAUCGGGAUACAUUUGAUUUCAGUGGAAGCCAUGUGACCAAGAAUCAACCAAUGGCAGUCCUUGUUUAGUUGAGUGAAAGUCUAGGAAUUUAACAUUGAAAGGUAUGCCCGCGCUUCGGUUAAGUUCAUUAUGUUGCGACAAGCCAGGCGCGGUCUUUAUGGAGAUGUUAUGCGCACAGUCUGUAUCGCGCGUGCACAAGGUAAGGGAUAUUCGAGCGAUACUCUUCAAAAUCUUUUUACGGUGGCCUAGUUUUCAGCUCAGUUUACAAAAAGAUAAUACUCGUAAAACACUCUCAAAAAUACGUGAUGUCAAGCUGCAAUAAUGUCGAGUUGGUUUUUUAGUUGUUUUUUUUUUAGACCACACUCAGUUCCCUUUAUCACAUAAUAAGGUUUCUCAGGCUUUUCACAACAAAUUCCCUAACAUAUUUUUUCUUGUUCUAAAAUAAGACCACUGCUCUUACUCUGACAAUGCAAAGUACGAUGCGGGUAACUUUACCCUCAGAAUGUGUAUAAAAUAUUAAUGCCAUAUUGCCUUUUUUAAACAGCACUUUAGACACAAGUUUGUGGGUGCAGGCUCUCUCAUAUUUUGCCCGGCGGGAAACAGAUUGCAAGUCCCAGAUAAUGGAGGUGUUAUCUCAUAUCCUUUUAUAACGUUCCUUUAAUCACUCGUUCUUUAACUGAACUAGGCGAUGCAUAAUAGUUGGUAAUAAACGUGAUCAUUCCGAACCAAGUGCGGGCCUUUAUUAGGGAGUUUAAGCAAAGACGUUUUUGAGCGACGCACACCAACCGGAAGUGAGGCCUUCUCACUAUAUGCCUUGAUGCUAACAAAUUUGUAAGGCUAAAAUUCUUUUCUCUUAUAAAGACGAUUUACCCGAGAGUUUGAACAAAACCUCUGCCUAAUGAUGCAAAAAGUCCACUUCCGGUUGACGUCCGUCGCUCAAAAACGCUGUUGCUACAGCUCCCUAAUAUCCCGCGUAGCUGGCGGUUGUUUUGGGGAGCGCGUGCAAACAAGCCGGGGAGCCACGGGAAAAUUAAAAACCCAACUCUCUCGCGGCGACCCCUCGUUCGCGCGUGGGUUUCCCAACAAAAUUGCCAGCUGCGCAGGUUAGUCCCUUAAGGUGAUGUUACACGGGACGAUUCGCAACGACAAUUUUUCCAGCAACACGCGUUACAACGUUGGAACAAUGUUGUAACUAUUCGAAACAAUGUGGCAACAAUGUUGCAACGCUGUGUUGCGCUAAAAAUUGUCGUCGCGAAUCAUCUCAUGUAACAUCACCUUUAAGGCAAUCACAACUGUGUGAAACUAUCCACUACGCCAAACACAACUCCUUACAGGUACAUUUAGCUCUGCCAGGUGCAGUAAAUCGCUUUUGAACGAACCAACGCUGGGUUUGGUUUCACUCCUAAGAGCUCAGGACAGUGACUCCAAAUUUUAUGGCCAAUCACAAAGCACUGUAAUGUAAUUUCGCUUCACUCCAGUCUCUCAUAGGUGAAAGCAAUCUACGUGGUUACUUGGGUCAGUCAACAAAAAAUAUCCGAGCAUUUAUUUUGAUUUUAAAGUAAUUGUCUUUGCUUUUGGCAAUAUCAAGAAUGUCUCACUUAUAUUUUAACAUGAAAGUCCCUAUAGUUUAAACGAAAAAGGACCGACCGGUGCAAUACAAGUGAUAUUUCCUUAACGACAAGUCAAACAUCGAUCGUGGAAAUCUUAUGUCGCCACUUCUUGUGCUUCAAAAUCUAGCUCACAACUCUACAGCGACGUUAGCUGUUGUCAAGGUAACAAACGCUUAUUUUUUGUCACCGAUGUUGCUUGUUUUUUUGACAGAGAUUUGUUUUCUUUUGUACCAGUCAGUUUGAGAAGACAGCAUUUUCUAUUUUUAGGAUUACAUUAUUCAUCGUUUGCAACUAGAAGAUGAGAUUAUCGCCAGUGUAAGUAAACAUUUAGUGUUUUUUACCUAAAUUGAACGAAAUGAUUUCUUUAGAAUGGUAGCCACUCCUCGGGACCUCCUCUUCCCCCUCCCCCUUCACCCUUCACAUCGCUGUAGCACUUUUAGUUUCACUAAAUACUAAAGGCAUGCAAGAUUAGCUCGGUCGGUACAGCGCUUGACUGCAGAGCGGGAGGUCGCGGGUUCGAUUCCCAGGGCCAGACCAACACUCAGGGUCUUAAAAUAACUUAGAAAUGAAGGCACUGCCUUUGCCCUGCAAAUGGCUACUGACCCUCGCGUGGCUCGGAUGAUCACGUAAAAUGGCGGUCCCGUCUCCUGUUGGAGACCUACAAUAUAGUGUCCCCAAUCAGUGCUUUCGUGCUAAAUACAUUGACACUCGAAUAAAGUGCUUUUUUUCAGCCACUCACUUUCUUGAAAGGUUUCAAAUAUAAAGAGCUCACUGCUUCUGCUUCAAAACCGAAGACGUUAUUUUUGAUGAAAUGCGUGUCUUUGUGAAUCCCACUUCACCCAAGAUGUUUCAGUCAUUUAUAUUCGCUUACAUAUGAAGUACAACAACAGUCCACCCUAUUUGCGUUUCAGGACGAGCGCUAUAUACGGCAAUAUCGUGAGGAAACUGACAAAAUGCGAAAAGAAAUUAAAGAACUGAAGACAAGGUAGGGCUAGGUUACUACACUUAACGAAAAAAUCGCUCGGUCAUGGGUUGCUUGCGGCGUCAUUGAAGGAUUAAAUUUCUGCUCGUGCAGGCGGGCGUCACUUGUUUACAUCCAGACCACAUUUUGAUAUUUCUGGAGUAUAAAACCGUAUUUUUUCUCUCUAUCUCCUCCGUAGCGGCUCCGAAGCACUUUCUCUUUUGAUGUAAGGACAAUCCGCUGUAAAAAGUGGAUGCAAUCGAGAAAUGUAGAUCUUUUGGCUUCUGGGUUGAAACUCCGUGUUGAAAUAAAGCGUCUGUCUGUGUGUCUGUGAUGCAGCGGAUACUGUCAACUCUCUCGUAACGGACACCUCUCUAAGUCUAACACUUCACUUGGACUAAAACCAUAUAAAAGGACAGCUAACGUUUGUCCCCGCCUUUCUUUACUACUUUUAGUCGACUAUCUUUAAGAUGGACAUCUCACUGACACGUACACAUAGUGUCUGUCCCAAAAGUAUCUGUCUUAGAUAGAGUUGACUUUAUCAAAACAUUUCAGUAAGCCUCUGUGUAGUAGGCAGAUUUCAACUACGAACUUGUUCUUUUGGACAUUGUUCGCUCUCCGUUGAUAAGUUGAUCUAUUUAGUAUCAUUACCAUGGUCUGAUGAACACCAUUAACGUUUCCUAUUACAGUCCCAACCCAGUCAAGAUCGAUUUUUUUUUUUGCCUAGUUCCACUUGUAAAAUGAGGCAACAUCACUCUGUGUGAGAGGAUAGGAACGCUCCGGAUGGAUAAGGAUAUAACUGACUUGAAAUUCCAAAGUUACACCCUUCUCGUUCUUGUAUUUGUAUUACAAGGGUUGAAAAAUCCUUUUCGAGUGCUGUAAUUCACGAACCCUUAUAGAACAAAAAUUAAUGAUUUUUUUGAAACACACCCUUAGUAGUGGGUGGGAUGCUUUUCUCAAUCAGGCCCUUUAUCGUUUUCAGCGCAAAGAUAUUUCAAGGUGCAAAAUGCAGUGUGUGUUCCCGACCUUUGGAUUUGCCAGCAGUGCAUUUCCUUUGCCAGCAUUCAUUCCACCAAAUGUAAGUAUAAGCGGGGUUUAUUCAAGAAUUGAUUAAUGCUUAGGGUGCGAGUUAAUGAUGCACGCGGGAAGUUUGAAGAGCACGAGAGAAGCGUAAGAGUUCGCCGAGAACAACUCCAGCUUUCUCUCCAAACUACCUGCAUGUUUAAUUAAUCUUUUAAUCGCCCCCAGAACAACUCAUUAACUUCAGUGCUCCCUUAAACUUACCUUGCAUGUUUAAUUAAAUAAGCUUUGGAACAGCUUUUCUCCUCUUUCAAAAAUGGUGUCAGAUAAAAGGUUAAGGUGUUGGGCCUUGGGACACAUGUGUGCGAAAACAGUCGUCUUAGCGCAUUGAACUUAAGAUCUCGAAAUUGACGGGCCAAAAGCUUAGCCAAUUUUAAAAUGAUGACAUUUUCCCCGCAGCAGUGUGGUUAACUAAUGAAAGUGUGAUCAAGCCUGCGUAGAUAGCUUUGUAGGUUUUGCCUUUUCUGAAGGUCGUCCACAAAUACGAAUGCCAUAAGCACCGGCGUACGUCUCUACACUGUGCCUUCAGAAUAUUGAUAUCUGACUUUUUUUAAAUUUGCCAGCUGCUUUGAAGGAUAUGCUGAAUCAGAUAACGAAUGUCCAAUAUGCGCUCCUGAAAACAGGUACUUUAAAAAUUUUUGAUUCUUGGAGUCAGCCCAUCGAUCCUCGUUCCCACGGAUAUUUAAACCUGGUUAACUAUUUAAACUAGCCAAGUGAAAUGGUAAUCUAUGUUCAUACAAUAGUUACAGCAAGGAGGCCAAAAGUGUGACCGCUUUUAAUUUAUUCACAUUUUUCGACCGAUUUUCCAAUUUAUUCACAUUGUUUCUGUAUGAAAGAAUUAAUUGCAAUCAUUGAAGGAGGUCAGCUUUGGGGCUCUUUUUGAUUUGUUAACUGUCCGACUUCUGAUUGGAUAAUGUCUGUAUGAAAGAAUGUGAGUUAAUUAAAGGAGGUCCCACUUUUGGGCUCUUUGCUGUGAGACUGGUUAAGUAUAUUUAGAUUAGUCCAGGGGAAUGGUAAAUCGCUAUUUUAGCCAUUAUUAAACCAGGUUAAGUAACCUGAGUAGUCUAGUGGAGUGGUAAUCGUAGAUUCAGACUUCGUAGAUAAAAAAUAAGUGAAUGAAAAGGAACCUUUUGUAUGAUUGGUAUGGCUUAAAAACCAUUAUACAGGUGGAGAUCAUUUGCGCCUCACGCGUCAGAGGAUUGUAACUAGUGAUGCAGUGCAAGACAACUUUACUAAACGUACUCCAAUAUACAAGUUCCUGCGUUACCUUGUAUUCAGCAGUAUGAGCAUUUGGCACAUGUUCUGGCAGAAUCCGUUUUGUCGUCUUUUGGCAGUGUGUGGUUCGUGACUUUCAGUCGGCCAGUUUUGAUGUUGCUCACUACAUAACAUCGCCUACAAGAAUCCGUGUUGCGUGAUUUGAGUCCUACUCUCCAGGUCUGCUAGCCUGCGAGCAAGGUCUCCAAUUAUGCUGCUUUUGCAUGCGGCUGUCGCGUGACUUCUAGCCACUCCCCCAGUUGGAGAGCUUGCUCGCAGGUUUUAAAGUCUGCCGGCAGUUUAGACUAGUUUGUUUCACCGCCAAGCUUCAACAAAUGUUUUUUCUUUGUUUGUUUUUAAACGUAUUCGUUGAGUCUUCUUCCAUGGUGACCUUUGUUGUUCACUUGACAGGAAAGUACUUGAUAUUAUACGUCAACAAGAGCAGGCUAAAGAUAUUCACGAGCAGUUUCACCAUCAGGUAACCAAAAACAUUCGUUUUGUUAUAGAGUCGUUUCGCUUCAUAUCAAUGUCGAGUCAUCGUAGACUCAUGUCGUUACAAGUCGUUGAGGUCUCUCAGCCACAUCUUAAUGCCAAUCCAAUGGUGAAGGGGUGUCUCGAGCAUUUUCUCCAUAAACCAUUUCCGAGUUGCAAAAACUCUCACUUUCAACACAAGGCUUCGUGCAAAACAAGUUUUAUUUGCAUGAGAAUAAAAAAAAAGUCAUUUUCAUAUCAAUGGUUACGCACUUAACCUCGCUUUGAAACAGAGGCCUGGGUUAACUCAGAAACGACGUAUUGUCGAGAAUUCACUGCACCAAUCAGAACUUGAAGCAGAUCUGACUUGUACCUGCGCCAAGCGCGGGAAAGCGCACGCGACCAAGUCGCGAUUAUUUUUGGUUUUAACUUUUGAUAGGUCGAGAGGUUUCAACCAAUCCAGAGUUUUAAGACAACUUCUGUUCAUAUCGGAUCUGAAGGGGCGUCGAAUUUUUUUUCUUGGCGGUCGUGUGAUGUAACGCGAUAUCUAGAGGAUGCAAUUCUCGCAGCGAGGUCUGACUUGGAUUUAGAAGUCGUUUUCGUAGGGAAUUUGUGGGACAUUUUCUGAUUAUCGUUUGCAUAAACAGAAUCUCAAUAAUCACCCUGUUUUGUUGGAUGUCGCACCAUAGGAUGUUGAUAUCAAAUAAUUGUGAUUUAAUUUGUAGCUUGAAAGAGCGCAAGAUGGAUUUUCUGUUGUAGCAGAAUACUAUGGUCGCGGAGUUUUUAACAAGGUUGGUCUAAAUGCUGAUGAUUACAUGCAAAUCAAUUUUUCUGUGGAGCAACAAAUCAUCAAGUGAAGAAUUUCUUUUUGUAACCAUGGUUCUAAAGUGUUUCGUGUGACCUUGAAGCGCUGUCGGUAUUGGUCGGCAAAGGUCUCCCUGGCGCUACACAGAAAAGACAUGUAUUUGAACACAUUUUGAAGUGUAGUCAGGUUCAUUGUGUUUGAGCUCGAGUAGGGAAUUCAAUUACCCAUAGGUAGCAGUCUUUUUCUCUUGCAAACGUUUUUAAUCCAACAAAAUUUUCCACAUUAGCCUCGGCUGCGAGCUAGUUCCAGCUCUCCACUAAAAAUACAAACAUUGUUUAUCGCAUUUCUCGUUUUUGUCUUUCCCAGGUAACACUUGUAACCGACCACUCCGCCUCGCGGGGCCGUUUGUCUCAAGAAGCUGUUGUUGACCAGCGUGAAAGGCUCUUGGAUAGCUAGCGGCGGAUAGAGAUACAAAGGGCAGACUAUGAAAAUUCAGUAAUUCAUUCUUCGUGGUUAGUUCGAGUAGUUCGAGCCAGUAAUCCAUCCGCGAAAGGAAUGUAGUAUUUGCUAUCAUUUAUAUCGCUUCGCUUUUUCCAAAUGUUCAUUAAAUACAAAUUACCUCGGUGAAUUUCUGAUACGAUACAAGAAGUGCUUGAAUACAUUCAGUUGCAAAUUGGUUUUCAUGUGUUAUUGCUGUCUGGAUCAGUAGUUUACAUACUGGGACAUUUAUCAUACUAGCAUGAUCGUCUCUCUCUGUUUUUUUUUUUUUGGAAUGUUUAAGUCCAAGUAAAAAAAAUAAAUUUGUGGCUGCUUAACGUGAAAUGACAUUAACACAUCAUAGUCUUUCAAAAAAUUAUCAGUACGUUCUUAUUGGUAAAAUUUGUUAUUAUUACAAGGUUAAACAUUUUGUCAAAUAAAAACAUAGACACGUUAACGUUGAAUGAGGUAUUUUGAAAGUGGAUUUAUUCAUUAAAAUGAUGAAACACUUCAUAUCCCGUCAUGGUCGAUAUUCCCCCAAAUAACUACAACACCUCACGCUAUUAUCGAUGUGGGCGCCCGAUCACGGAACAAAAGAAAUGUUGGGAGUUGUUGGCUGAAAAGUUUGACCGGUUUCAAACUUUGCGCAACAACACGCAACAACGUCCAACCUCAUGUUUUUGAUCCUUGCAAACGGACGAAACAUGUUUGCAUCCAACAAUUUUCGUCCGUUUCAUCGAAUUAAAUAAUUGUUUUAAAGGGGCUCUGCCACGAGGAUAUUGCUGCAGUGUUUUUGGUCAAUUCUUCUUCCCACGAUGCACUGCAGGUCCCAACAUCGUUGGGAGUUGUUGCAUCCGUUUGCAUGAAGCCUUAGCCGCCGUUUCGGUGAGUGAAAUACAGUCAUAUUUUUAGGGGCUUAAUGUGGCUCCCUUAAUAAGGCCCAAAACAGUCAAAUUACCAGGGCUGAUUUGGACCCGAGGAAUGGAAUAGGCUUUUGUUGGGGCUUUUUUUGGCUUAAAUUGUUCACAAAUCGCUCAGGAAAGGUUGAAUAGGCUCUUCGCGUGACUUGAUCACGUGAUCAACUUUCGGCAAACACGAAAACAGUUCAAUUUUGUUAAACCAAGCUCAAAGAGCAUAUCAAUAUUAGGUACCCCAAGAAUUUUCAGCCGUAUAUCUCAAAAGUAGCGAUUGCAACGGUUGCCGAAAGUAGAAAGCAUUUGUGUGGGAAAAACAACUUUUGCCAUCCAGUCACACUUGCAUGGUUUUCCAUACAAAUCUUUGUAAUUUGGAAAUUUUCAAAACCCUCAUGAAAUAUUGCCUUAAGCAUUACAGGCCUCAAAUAUCCAUUUAAUUCAUAACAGGCAAUUUGAGCCCUUAAAUGCGUCAGGGAAAGAUUUAUUAUAAGACCUUAUAGCGACAGUUACCGUACGAGGAUUUGUGUAUUUCAUAUUUAUUCCUGCUUCUUGUUAUUCCUCAAAAUGGGCAGCUGAUUGUUUAGAAGUGAUUAAUUGAUAGAUUUAUUUAUUCGUAAGAGGAUAAAGCUUUAUCCUCUCUUGAUUUAAUGUAUUAACGGGUUCGUUUUCGAUGAUUUUACAUUCUUGUAAUUUUUAAAAAUUAUUAAAGAAUGCAUAAACUAAUUUGAAAAAAAAUUCAUGCACGCCAAUUAACCCUAAAAAUAUUCAUAAUGAAAUAAAAUUCAUGCAAAGGUUUAGCUUUUGGUCCGUCCUUAAACUAAUUUAUAUCAUAGACCAGGUUUAUUAAGCUUUUCGACAAGCGUAUGAUUGUUAAACGACUCCGAAGAAAAAAUGCCAUGAAAUCUUAUAUUGGCUUAUGCGUUUUUCUUGUGACGUUCUGUCAUUUUCCAGAAAACAGGAAGUUUUUCAGCACCAAAAAGUCCGUCGCGUGUUAACUAAAUUAACUUGCAACUUGACUGUAGCUCCAACUCAGUGUUUUCAGAAUUCGUGUUUGGAGUGUAGCGUUUAUUUUUGAGUGCAUGUGUUUUGUGUGUGUCGCUUCCCUGUGUUCAAUUUGGCAGAAGUAAAUAUCUUUGAGUUCGUGUGAUUAGAUUAUCAUUUAGUGUAUGAAGUGUUUUGAUUUCACAAUAACGUUUGAAUGAUUCAUUUCUUAAAUACACAGGAAGUUAAACAAAAGAAAAAAAGCUACCUAUAAGUCAAAAAUGCUUAGCUCUUCCUGUGUAUAUAGCACGAUUUAGCGGAACGUUUAUUAACAUCUUAUGAAGACUUAUUUAUUUUCGUCGACUUUUAACAUAACAUUUUUCUUGAUUGUAAACAAGAGAUUUAUAUUAUCUGGUAUGGAAUCUGUUUUAAAAUGCUCAUAGAAACAGUGCUACCUUGGAUAUUGAACAAGUUCAACAAAAAAUUUAUUCCCUUUGAAAAUUCUACUCAGGCGAUGAUUAAAAUCCAGUCCUGAGAAACUAUUCAUUAAUAAGAUUUGCCCGCCAGGUGGACAUGAUUUUUCUCGAUUUUCGCUGUGUAAAUUUAAUUUUAAACGACGCCAAAGGGAGUAAAUAUGAGCGGCAAAUUGUUAUUAAUUUUUUUUGCUUAUUUAUUAUUAUCAUCAUGAUAUUUUUUUGUUUCAGCAUCGAGUUUACGAAACUGCAGCAGUAUCAACAGUUGACGCUAUUAGAAGUCAGAUAAUUGGAAUUAACAUAAGGAAAGUAAAUACAGUAAAUGAACCGAAAAAAGACAAGUAG